UCGCUUUUCUUCGUUGGACGGGUACAACUGUAAAGUUUCAUUUUUCAUUGGAUUAAUCGUUAAGCUAGCUGCCAGCAUAAUGGGACGAUUUAUGCUGGCAGUAUCGCUUGCUCUUUUACUCGGGCACAUCGUUGAUCUUUCGAUGAGCGCGCAGAUCAGCGACAACUUGGAAAUACCCGAGUAUUACAAACGACCAGCCAAGAUCCUGCACAACAUUUGCAUGGCGGAGUCUGGGGCAAUGGAGGCCAAACUGAAGCAAUGCAUGGACGGAGUGCUGCACGACGAACGGGAGGUCAAAUGUUACAUCCAUUGCCUGUUCGACAAGAUCGAUGUGAUCGACGAGGCCACCGGGAAGAUCCUGUUGGAUCGUUUAGCACCACUGGCGCCGGAAAACGACGUGAAGGAGAUACUCGAACACUUAACCAAUGAGUGUGGCCAUAUCAAACUACAAGAUACUUGCGAUACCGCGUAUGAAGUGGCCAAGUGUUAUUUUUCAGCACACGACCAGGUUGUCAAAUUUUGUCACCUUCUAAUGGCUGAUAUAACCAACUAGGAAAUGUGGAUUUAGCGGUUGGCUGACAAAUAUGCAAUGUGCAAACGGACUAUCCCAUGAGCAACUGCAAUACUGAUCAAAACUGUAGCUAUAGAAUAGUAAUAAUGACAGCAUAAGUGUAUGUAUAGGACCACCUCGCAGCUAGUAGCAUUAUUUAUAUUGAAUUAUUUGGUUAUACUAAAUAUAUUUGAAGCAAUAGAAAUCUAUGAAUUUUAAACACAGAUUCUGAUAUUUUCAU